AGAGAGUACCAAGGUAUCUUUAUUUUUGGCCUCUUAGGUCAGAUAAGCUUAAUUUCUUGCACCUACCAUCAGCAAACCCCUUAUUCCUUUUCCUCCUCUUCUUCUUUGUUCUGAAGUAAUCAAGAAACAUCCAUUUUUCAACCAAAAACGCCAUGGAUCUUUCACCAGAACAGCUCCAAAACUUAAGCUUACCAUCAAUUAUCAAAGAAUCAAUUUCCAUACCAAAAAGAUCUGCACAAACUUUCUACAGAAUCACUCUUAGCUUAAUCUUGCCACUCUCUUUUGCAAUCUUGGCUCAUUCUUUCAUCACCCAUCCAAUUAUCAAACAACUUCAUGAAAACCCAAGUGCUUCUCAUGCUUCUCAAUGGACUAAACUCCUUUUCUACCAGUUUUGUUACUUGGUUUUCCUCUUGGCCUUUUCUCUUCUAUCAACUGCUGCUGUUGUUUUCACUGUGGCAUCUCUUUACACUUCAAAACAAGUAUCUUUUUCAUCAAUCAUCACUGCUAUGCCUAGUAUCUUGAGGAGGUUGUUUGUGACUUUCAUUUGGGUUUUUGUGUCUAUGUUUGUUUAUAAUGCUGUCUUGUCUUUUUUUGUUGUACUUAUGUUGAUUGUCUUUGAGAGCAAGAACAGUGUUGCUCUGUUCUUGGUCUCUGUUUUUGUCCUGUCUGUUUUCUUCCUUGUUGUUCAUGUGUACUUAAGUGCUUUAUGGCAUCUUGCUAGUGUGAUUACUGUUCUUGAGCCAAUUCAAGGGCUGAAAGCUUUGAAGAAAAGUUAUGAGUUGUUGAAGGGGAAGUUGAGGAUUGCUGCUGUGUUGGUUUUAGGGUACUUGGUGAUUUUUGGUGUGGUUAGUAGUGCUUUUGGUUCAAUUGUGGUAGAUGGGGGUGCUACUACCAAGGGCCAUGAAGGGUAUGGUGUUUUUGCUAGGAUUGUUAUUGGAGGGGUGUUGAUUGGUGUGCUUGUGGUUGUGAUUUUGGUGGGGCUAUUGGUGCAAAGCUUGUUUUACUAUGUGUGCAAGAGUUACCAUAAUGAGAGGAUUGAUAAGAGUGCUUUGUAUAAUCACCUUGGUGGUUAUUUGGGUGAGUAUUAUGAACCUCUUAAAGGGAACAUGCAAAUUGAUGAUAGCUUGGAAGUGGAAAUGAAAGGCGGAGAUGUUUGAGCCUUGAGCUUUUGAUGAUGGUGUUGAGAUACAGUACAAUUAAUAAAUCUCAACCCUUCAUUUUUGUUUUUAUCUUUAAUUUUAAAUCAUAUGUGUUUGAAAUGAAAUUCGAUGCAAAUGAUGAUUAAUUACUA